ACAUUUCUUUCUUAAUAUAUUGUUCAGGUCAAUUUUGAGAAGGAAGAAUUUUUCAAUUUUUUUUAGAGGAAUUUAAAAAAUGAUCAAUUUGUCAAUUAAUUUAGGUUAUGAUGUGGUAUUUAUUCCUUCAGUGUCAGUAAUUGUAUUGAGUUGUUGAACCCAGCCCUGCAAACAGAGACCACUAACUUAGUUCUGUUGAACUCUGACUCAUAUUUCCAUAAAAACUGCUAUGGUCCCUGUUUCCUCCCAGAUUACAGUCACAAAGUAACCAAUUUCUUGGAAUUUAGCUUGAAAUGAAAACAUUCUGUCAGAUCACCAAGACCAGUGGGCAGGUCAAGGACAUUUCAGGGGCCAUAUUCAUAAAGCGAUUCGGAGUAGGACUGCUUUUAUCUAGGAUUAGUUCAGCCUUGUAGAUCAGAAUAUAAAUAAAGUAAGAUUACAGUAACAGGAGGAACCUGAACCUACGUCAUUUAGCAGACACUCUUAUCCAGAGUCACUUACAUGCAUACAGGUCCCCCAUGGGAAUCAAACCCACAACCCUGGUGUUGCAAACACCAUGCUCUACCAACUGAGCCACACAGGGCUAUGAGCAUUCCUCCUCUGGGACACUUUAUAAAUACAGCUUCAGAUUAUGUCAAUUUUAAUGGUCAAUGGUUAAAUCAAUUGGGAAGCAGUUUAAUAAUUAUAAACUGUUCAAUGUUUUUACUAAAUUAGUAGUUUGUUGUCCAAGCCGUCAUUCCAGCAGUGUUGGGUUAGUAUAUAUUUGUUAAGGAGAGUUUGUUGUUUAAGCCGUCUAUCUGGCAGGGGUUGGGGUCAAAUAGAUAUGGAAUUGACCCCAACCCUGCUGUCCAGUCCUGAUAGUGAACUGCUGUGUGUUUCAGAUACCAUGUGGCAAGCUGGGGUGGAAGGAACGGACUGCACUAAUCUUCCUAAGAACACGUCAGUAUCAGUGAUUCCCUCUGGCGAAGUGUUAGAGGGCAGUUCAGUGAUUCUUACCUGCAGCAGUGAUGCCAACCCACCAGUGACCAGCUACCGCUGGUACUCAGUGAGAGCGGGUGACACCACAUCUACAGGCUAUGGCCCAGUCCUGAGGACCAAAAUCUGGGCGGACAAUACCCACUUCUACUGUGAAGCAAAGAAUAUGUGUGGAACACAUAAUUCAACGAUCACUAAAGUACCUGUGUUGUAUGGUCCUAAAACCAUGUCUGUGUCAGUCACCCCAUCUGGACCAGUGUUUCAUGGUACGAUGGUGAAUCUGGCCUGCAGCAGCAAUGGCAACCCACCAGUAAGCAGCUUCACCUGGUACAGUGUGAAGGGAGACCAGGUGGUACGGCUUGGGGUUGGGAAGAGGCUAGAGACCAGUGUGUCUGCAGAAGUCCACCAGUUUUACUGUGAGGGCAGAAACGACCAUGGACGACAGAACUCAACGCUGAUAGAAGUGGUUAUACAGUAUCCUCCGAGAAGCACGUCAGUAUCAGUGAAUCCUUCUGGUCCAUUGUUGAAGGGCAGUUCAGUGACUCUGACCUGCAUUAGUGAUGCCAACCCACCAGUGACCAGUUACCGCUGGUACUCAGUGGACAAGAGUGAAACACACAGUGUAUUAGGAUCCGAACAGAUGUACACAGUAGCUAAUGUCAGUGGUAAUACACAGUACUUCUGCGAAGCUAAAAAUCAACACGGAUCGAACAACUCAACAAUGCUCCAGCUCAACAUUCAGUAUCCUCCUAGGAACACGUCAGUAUCUGUGAGUUCCUCUGAUUCUGUGUUAGAGGGCAGUUCAGUGACUCUGACCUGCAGCAGUGAUGCCAACCCACCAGUGACCAGUUACCGCUGGUACUCAGUGAGAGGGGGUACGGAGGACUACGUGGCCUCUGGACAAAAACUAAUCCAGGCCACAAUCAAUGUUAUUGACGGAAGAGAAUACUACUGUAAAGCCAAGAAUCAUCAUGGAGAGGACCAGUCAGCUUCUACAAACGCAUCAAUAGAGUUUGCUCCUCAGAUGUCAUCCUCCUCUCGCUGCCUCCGCUCCGGAUCUCAGGUCAGCUGUACCUGUGACAGCCACGCUAACCCCGCCCCCUUGGUGCAGUGGCGUCUGUCUGGCCGACGUGUCAAUCAUUCCACAGCCACGGCCAUCAGGGAGGAGCCUCUGGGCAGAAUUGGCCUCAGGAGCACUCUGACCAUCCGUCAAUCACAAGAAGACAUGCCCACUGCACUCUGCCUCAGCUCCAACUCUAAGGGCUCUGCCAGUCUGCAGCUUUGUGUCACCUCUACAAGUAAGACACACCUUCACAAGUUACCAGAUGCUGUCUCUGUUGAUUGGUGCUGUGGCAGGUGCUGCUGGGAUGUUGUUGCUCUGCGUCAUAACAUGUGUCAUUGUCAGGAGAUGAUCUAUGGUUGUAAACACAGGAGACUGCAUGCCAAGACAACCUGGGAUCUGAAACCGGAGGACAAAACAGAGCUCAUGCUAACUGACUGGACUCUCUGUCAGGAAAAGGACUCUCUCUACGCCAGUAAAACCACACUGACCGGACACCCGGGAGCCAACGGGGCCAAUGGGAAAGGGACCAGAGGGGUCAAUCCAGACCUCCAUGUGCCCCAACCCACAGACUCUCCUGGAGGUCUACACUACAAACCCCCACCCAUAGGCCCCCCUAACAGUGAUCAUGUACCCCUCCAGCACUCCAGCCUGGACACCACCACGACCGGGAUAGAGGAGUAGGGAACGGGGGAGGUAGGGAGGAGGAGAAGUAAACGGGAACAGAGAGGGUGACAUCAGGGGUGACAUCAGGGAUGACAUCAGGGGUGACAUCAGGGGUUGACAACACAGGUGACAUCAGGGGUGACAUCACGGGUGAGACAUGGUGACAUCAUGGAGAGAAAGGGUGACAGUUUCCAACCAGGAGAACACCUAUAAAUCAGUUUCCAACCAGGAGAACACCUGUAAAUCAGUUUCCAACCAGGAGAACACCUAUAAAUCAGUUUCCAACCAGAACACCUGUCACCUUACCUAUAUUUCAGCACAACUGAACAGGACAUUUGAUUCAGGAAAUCUUUUCAAUCACGUGAUGUUGUUGUUGAUUUAAUUUAUGUUAACUCUAAGACUGAAAAAUACAUGGGAGGUGCCAUCAUGCCAUCAUUCUCAUAUCAUUCUCAUAGGCUUCAGGAAUAGAAGUCAUUGAAUGCAACAACCAUGUCUCUGUCACUAACAAACACAGUAAUGGACGGGCAUCUCUCACAUUCACUGGAAAUGCAUUCUGGGAAAUUUGCAAAUACAGAUCUAAAUGUGUUCAUGUGUUUUUAAAAAAAGGUUAAACAUG